CACUGAUUAAAAGAGAAGUGAAGGCGACAUUCAACAGAAUGCUGAAAGUCCCAGGACUUCCCUUGCCCAGUGAGGAUGCUGUGGAGUUAAGAAAGGACUGCUCUCCAGGCUGUCUGCACCGUGCACCAUUUCCCUCUCAAAUAAUCAAUGAGAUUAAGGAUGUGCUCUGCAUUGCUGUGGGCCCACGGGAUGAAGGGGAAGUGAUUGAUCCUGGCUGGCUGGAGUGCUUGCUGGGUAGACUGAGUCAGACACUUCGGUGCAGAAAGUUCAUGUGUCCCACAUCAGAACAGCAGCUGGCAAAGUGCACGGUUGAGUUGGCUUCUUUGCUGGGUAAGUCAGUCAUGAAAAGCUGUUUAAGGCUAAAAUGUGUUGUUAACGUUCUCUUGAAUCCUUGGCUUUAGAGAUUUUGCUAUUUA